UCUUAUUCAACAAAACCAUUAUAACCUGAGAGUCUCAAAGUUUUCUGGAGCCUCCUGACUAACAAGUUUCCUAUAGACGUUUUAAAGACAAGGCUUUCUCAUUAUGGAUCCAAUACCUUCUCGGCACAUCACUUUGCCCUUUGACAUAUACAAGGACAGGAAGACAGUGUUCUCAAGCGAAGUCACUGACGUCCUAUUAAUGUUAUAUCCUCAAACCACUUCUCUGUCAUUCGUUGGAUAUUUCUUGAUAUUCCACCUCACUUCUCUGUCUCCCAAGCCCUGGCCGAAAACAAUUGGUGGCGUACAAUCAUAUUUUACGAUUGGUGAAAAUGAUAUGGGUCGGCUUUCUGCUUUUAUCAAUGGCUAUGGCAAACAAAAUUUUCGCGUAUGCUGCGAUAUACCCUCACUACCUUCACACACGAAGUUGAUGAUAUUGGACAUAAAAUCAAGGCAUUAAUACAAGGAUUAAACCUAAACCUAACUCUACCCAAAGGGGGUAGCUGGGCA